UCGCGGUGUUACGAUUCAGACAUCUUGCAUUUUAAUAAGUCUAGUCUUUGAGAUAUUGCUGUUAUAGCAACAUUCACGCUGUUCUUAUUUCCCACAAAGAAGCGUCUGUUGAAGGACCGAAUCAUUUUUCUCCGCAUCAACGCGGGUGAAGUGGGAGGCUGGAAGAAGCUUCGCGUGCCAGUUCAACGGAGUGCAGACGGUUUCUAGCGGGGGGGGGGAUUCUCGCGCCGUAUUGUGCGUCAUCUCCAUCGCUUUGAUAUAUUUUUAUCCACGCAGUGACAACAUGGCGACUCCCGCUGCGGUGAACCCGUCCGAAAUAGCCAGUGAGCUGCCAGGUCCGGUAGCGAUGCCUGGAGGAGUUGGGAGUGGCCAGGUGAGAAUGGCAGGUGCCGUGUCAGGCCGCGGUGGGAAGAGGAGAUCAGGAGGAAUGGACUUUGACGAUGAGGAUGGUGAGGGACCCAGCAAAUUUUCAAGAGAGAACCACAGUGAGAUUGAACGACGCCGGCGUAACAAAAUGACCCAGUACAUCACUGAGCUGUCAGACAUGGUCCCUACCUGUAGUGCCCUGGCCCGAAAGCCCGAUAAGCUAACCAUACUACGUAUGGCGGUCUCCCAUAUGAAGUCCAUGCGGGGGACAGGCAACACUUCUACUGAUGGGGCGUAUAAGCCCUCUUUUCUCACCGAACAGGAAUUGAAGCACCUGAUUCUGGAAGCAGCGGAUGGCUUCUUGUUUGUGGUGGCGGCAGAGACUGGCCGAGUCAUCUAUGUGUCGGAUUCUGUGACUCCAGUGCUGAACCAUCCCCAGUCAGAGUGGCUUGGCAGUACCCUGUAUGAGCAGGUUCACCCAGACGAUGUGGACAAGUUGAGAGAACAACUCAGCACUUCAGAAAACUCAAUGACAGGACGAAUUCUGGACCUGAAGACGGGGACCGUAAAGAAGGAAGGGCAGCAGUCUUCCAUGAGGAUGUGUAUGGGCUCCAGGCGCUCCUUUAUCUGCCGCAUGAGGUGUGGAAGUGCACCACUGGAUCACAUCUCCCUAAAUCGUCUGUCUAACAUGAGGAAAAGAUACAGGAAUGGCUUGGGACCAUCCAAAGAAGGAGAGGCUCAGUACUCUGUGGUGCAUUGCACUGGGUACAUCAAAGCCUGGCCCCCUGCAGGCAUGACCAUACCAGAAGAGGAUUCAGAGGCGGGUCAGACAGGAAAAUACUGCCUGGUGGCCAUUGGGAGACUGCAGGUAACCAGCUCUCCAGUCUCCAUGGAUAUGAAUGGCCUCUCAGUUCCAACAGAGUUCCUCUCACGUCACAACUCAGAUGGUGUCAUCACGUUUGUUGAUCCACGCUGCAUUAACGUCAUUGGUUAUCAACCUCAGGACCUGCUAGGAAAGGACAUUCUGGAGUUUUGCCAUCCUGAGGACCAGAGUCACCUGAGAGAAAGUUUCCAGCAGGUAGUGAAACUGAAGGGACAGGUGCUGUCUGUCAUGUAUCGUUUCCGAUUGAAAAACAGAGAGUGGAUGCUGAUUAGAACCAGCAGUUUCACCUUCCAGAAUCCAUACUCUGACGAGAUAGAGUACAUAAUCUGCACCAAUACCAACAUCAAGCAACUGCAACAGCAGCAGGCAGAGUUAGAGGUUCAUCAGAGAGAUGGAAUCACAGCUUAUGAUCUAUCGCAGGUGCCUGUGGCAGGAGUCAGCAGUGGAGUCCACGAUACAGGGAAGACCAUUGAUAAGACAGAGACUCUCUUCUCCCAGGAGAGAGACCCACGCUUUGCUGAAAUGUACACCAGCAUAUCUGGCUCGGGAGACAAGAAGAUGAUGGUUCCCUCUUCUACGGCAGGAGGACAGCCUCUCUACACCCAGAGCUCUCCCUUCCAGCAGGGCCACUCUGCCAAAAGCUUCAGCUCUUCUGUGAUCCAUGUUCCUGGUGUAAAUGACAUCCAGUCCUCAGGGUCGUCCAAUCAGAAUCUAGCUCAGAUUUCUAGACAACUUAAUACAGGCCAGGUAGCUUGGUCAGGCAACCGACCCCCAUUCGCUGGGCAGUCCAACAAAUCCCAGUCCAGUCCGUUUGGUAUCGGUUCUGGCCACAACUACCAGACUGACCCCGCCUCCUACAGUCCACUGUCAUCCCCAGCAACAUCCUCGCCCAGUGGAAAUGCUUACUCAGGCCUGACAAACCGCAGCACAGCCUUUGAUGUGUCAGGAGAAGGUGGUCAAAGUGGAGGCCAGUUCCAGGGUCGCCCCAGUGAGGUCUGGUCCCAGUGGCAGAACCAGCAUCAUUCCCAGCAGUCGGGGGAGCAGCACUCACACGCCAACCCCAGCCAGACAGAGGUCUUCCAGGACAUGCUGCCUAUGGCUGGAGAUCCCACCCAGGGGACAGCGAACUACAACAUAGAGGAUUUUGCGGAUCUUGGCAUGUUUCCACCCUUCUCUGAGUAAAGGUCGCCUCUACGACAUAUCGAUGGACUUAUGUUUGCUAAUUCUAAUUUCAAUUUUUUUUUAUAAGAGCAGCACUCGACCACCUAGAAAAAUUUGUCAUAGUAAUUCAUUACUCUUAUCUCCAUAAGACAUUCAUUACUGUCAUCUCAUAGCAAAAUAAUUCUCCAUCUAGAAGGCCUGAAGAAUGAACUGGUGGAUGCCCUCACACUCUAGGGAUUCUGCUUAAUGGAGAGUCUUAGUUAGUCGAACCUUUCUCAGCUUGUGAUUGGACAUUGAUGUUCAGGUCACUGCGUGUGUCCUCAGCAUUCUGAAGGCAUGCCUUCUAGCUAGAACAGUCGCAUCUGUCAGAGCUCAUCACCAUCAUUAAGACUGGAUGAAUGAGUACUUACUUUUAGUUUUCUUAAAGAACAAGAGGAAUAUGGAAAACUGUGUAUUACCUCAAAAUGUUCAACUCUUCCUACAUGCUAUGAUUUUUACUUUCAAACUGUUCAUCUAAUCUAAAACAUCAGGUUUUUUUUUUUGGGGGGGGGGUUAUAUUGCAAUUGAGAUCUAAUACCCAAAUAAUUAGAAUGUUUUUUGGGUAUUAGAUCCUGUUCCUGUUCAUUGAAUGUAUCUAUAAUAAAACCUCUUCAAUUUAGAUUGUUUUAGUUCAGUACAAAUCUUAAAAGGUAACAACAGAUUCUUUGAAGCAAAAUUAGGAAUAAUGUUGCAAUUCUUUCAUUCUCUGUUGAACUCCAAACUUCUACCUCCACCAAGGAACCCGCAAAACAUUUUUUCAGUUAUCGUCAGUAUAAAGCUUUCUUAAGCUAUUUAAUUUUUGAAUUAAAUAAAGUUCACCUGAAGGAAGUCGUAUCUUUAUAGGCGAAGGAUCAGAACAGAUCUGCGAUUUUUGUCAAUUGUAAUUGACAAAUAGCAGGUUGCAUAGCCUUCCAUAAGAAACAAACUUAGUGCACCAAAAGGAAUUUGGUUCACUAUGUAAAUAUUUUAUAAAAUGUUGAAAUGUUACAUUAGAAUUCUUUUUAUAUAUCUUCACUUCAAUUAGACGUCUGACAAGUAGCAGAUCUCAUAAGAAAUGGAUCACUGGGCAAGACGUUUUUGCGAUUUUCUUUAUAAUGACAACAUUGUGGGUCUUAUGUAUAGUUUUCAACGUCAAAAAUGAAUCUUUCCGCAUCCAUUUUGAAAUACUAUACCACCAUUAGCUGUACUACAAUACAACAAUAAAGGAGCUAGCAAUGCAGCACAGAAGAAAAGCAGCAACAUAAAGUAGUUUUUGCCUUUAUGUUUUACUGAUUAGAGGCAGAACAGCUUUGAACAGAUCGCUGCCUGGAGCAUGAACCAGUCACAAUCUCUCUGGGUUGGUUUAGGGAAAAUAAUGAGCAUAUGUUUAGAUGCACAUCAGACGCCUCAGCUGUUUGUUGCGUUAUAAAGGCUUUAAAAUUAAAUAAAAAUCAGCCAGGACAGUAAAUCAGCAGGUAAAACUUUAAAGAUCACUGGAUCUUGGGCUAGUAAAUCCCCAUUGGUGCAGACUGACCAGUCAAUCUGCAGAUUCACCGUUUAGGUGUCAACGAACAAUAAUCAGUCAUAAACUAUACUCUUUAAUGUCAUGUAAUAAAAUUACAUGGACUAUGACGAAAGUGGGUGAUAAAUAGCACUAGAUGGCAUUUAAUGCUUUUAUGGCUACUGGGUAUAAACCAUUCUUUAGUCUUUUUGUCCUUGCUCUGCUGUCCUUGCUCUGCUGCUCCCGCAGCAAUUGGAACAAACCUUGUCAUUCUCUAAUUCAUCUCAAACUGUUAUUCUCCUUUCACCUGGGAUGAGUGACUGACUGUGCAAAGUCCAGUCACAAUUAUUUUGUAUGUCCGUACCCAAAGCCCUUUGGGUUGGAAAAUAAAAUAAAAAAAGACUUGUGUUAGGAUCACCGAGUGCAGAAAGCAGCAGGAGAAGACAAUCCAUUUCUGUUUCCCUGUAAACCUAUGUAGUUAUGUCCUGAUUUUUAGAAAACACUUCAUGCAACUAUAGCAGGAUUAAAUGCAUUUUAAAAUGAAGAAAUGUUAGUAUACCAUUGCUGAGUUACUGCUUAAAGUGCACUUCAUGGCACUAACUGUUCAUUACACCAGCCUGCUGCCCAGCAGUGUGCAGUAUGUCUGUUUUCAGCUUUGACUGGUUGACUUUAAUUCAUUGUUGUAUAUUCAAACAAAAGUCUGAAUAACAGCUUGCAGUGAAGUAAUGUUUACAUGACAAACUGCAUGUCCUUGAAAAAUGGAAUAAACUUUAGACAUCUUUUGCUAAGGAUCUAAAAUUAUUAUUUUUUCAAUAUUGUGAUUUUUAUGUCAACUCAUCUUACAUUCACAGAGUACAUUUUUGUGCAAGUCUUAAUGAUAUUGUGUAUAAUGUGAGUGUGUAUUUAGUAUGUGUUGGUUAGCUAGUAAACUGUACAUUGACUCCUAGACCUGUUUAAACUGUGUAAACGUGACCCAUUAUUUUGUGUAAAACUGUGCUUGUGACAAUAAAUUCUUGAUUUGGUAUCUUCCA